GCAUUCGGCACUCGAUUGCUUUCCCCUGUAGUCUCUAGUGAGUCGAUAGCAGAGUUGGAGCUCGCGCUGAUGCAACACACUGACAGGUUGACAUCAAACCGGCUCCACUCACCACGUCUCACUACAAGAAGACAGGUUUAGAGAAGGCCACGGCACCAUGGCAGAUCAGCUAAGUCCGGAUGAGAAGUUCAACCUCAUAACCAGGAACCUCCAGGAGGUCCUUGGAGAGGAGAAGCUGAAGCAGGUUCUUCAGGAGAGAGAGGUGAAGGUGUACUGGGGCACAGCGACCACCGGCAGACCCCACGUAGCUUACUUUGUCCCCAUGUCCAAGAUAGCAGACUUCCUCAAGGCUGGAUGUGAGGUCACUAUUCUGUUUGCAGACUUGCACGCCUUCCUAGACAACAUGAAGGCCCCCUGGGAGCUGCUGGAGCUCAGGGUGAAGUACUACGAGCAGGUCAUCAAGGCCAUGUUGGAGAGCAUCGGCGUGCCCCUGGAUAAACUGAAGUUUGUCAAAGGAACCGACUUCCAGCUCAGCAGAGAGUACACGCUGGAUGUGUACCGUCUGUCGUCCAUGGUGACGGAGCACGACGCUAAGAAGGCCGGAGCGGAGGUCGUCAAACAGGUGGAGCAUCCUCUGCUGAGCGGUCUGCUCUACCCCGGACUGCAGGCUCUGGAUGAGGAGUACCUCAAGGUGGACGCCCAGUUUGGAGGAGUUGACCAGAGGAAGAUUUUUACCCUGGCGGAGAAGUACUUGCCGUCUCUCGGCUACGCCAAACGCUCCCAUCUGAUGAAUCCGAUGGUACCGGGACUGACGGGGGCCAAGAUGAGCUCCUCAGAGGAAGAGUCAAAGAUCGAUCUGCUGGACUCUCCUGGAGACGUGAAGAAGAAGCUGAAGAAGGCUUUCUGUGAGCCGGGCAACAUCCAGAACAACGGAAUCCUCUCCUUCGUCAAAUAUGUCAUCUUCCCUCUACGCGGAGAGUUCGGCAUCAAAAGAGACCCCAAGUGGGGCGGAGACAAAGUCUACACUGGGUUUGAAGAGGUGGAGAAGGACUUUGCUGAGGAGCUGGUCCACCCAGGAGACCUGAAGGCCUCGGUGGAAGUAGCACUAAACCAACUGCUGGAGCCCAUCAGAAAGAAGUUUGAGUCGCCGGAGCUCCGCAAACUUACCAACUCCGCCUACCCCGACCACUCAAAGACGAAAGGAGCAGGAAAGGGUGCCAAGGCAGGAGGAGGAGGAGGAGGAGGUGGUGGAGGAGAUGAUGAUGAGCUGGUCCCCUCCAGAGUGGACAUCAGGGUGGGCAAGGUCAUCAGUGUGGAGAAGCAUCCGGAUGCCGAUUCGCUGUACCUGGAGAAGAUCGACGUGGGAGAGCCGGAGCCCAGGACGGUAGUCAGCGGGCUGGUGGCUUUUGUCUCACAGGAGGACCUGCAGGACAGACUGGUGUUGGUGCUGUGCAACCUGAAACCACAGAAGAUGCGAGGGAUCGAGUCUCAAGCCAUGCUGCUAUGUGCCUCUAUCGAAGGGGAGCCGAGGAGGGUGGAGCCUCUGGAUCCUCCAGAGGGAUCGUCGCCGGGCGAACGGGUCUUUGUCGAGGGAUAUGAGACGGGCAAACCAGACGACAGACUCAACCCAAAGAAGAAGGUGUGGGAGAAAGUACAGGUGGACCUGAAGAUAUCAGACGGGUGUGUAGCUCAGUGGAAAGACAAGCAUCUGAUGACUAAACUGGGACAGAUCACAUGUAAGACUCUCAAAGGAGGAAACAUCAGUUAGAUACAUCACAUUCACCGCUGAAGCUGCUCCUGCCGGCCACAUUACAACAACAACUUUCAUCAACAAAUCGCCAUGGCGAUGUCAAACUUCAUCUGGAUGUUUUUCUUGGAGAACGAUGGGACAUUGAUGCCAAAAGUCUCGGAUGCUUUGGACUGGCUGUGACAAAUUUCUGUUUCCUUGCUUUGUCUCUAUUAGAGAAUGUAAUUCCUAAAAUUGUACAACAAAACAAUCUGUAACUAAUCAACCAAUGGUUCAUUACGGUUUCUCUUUACGUGAUGUUGUAUGGUGUUAAAUACAACCGUUUCUGCAAAAGAGACGUACUGUCACUCAGAUAAUGAAGGGUUGCUUUAUUGGAUGUUGGAAGUAGCUGAUGAGGAAUCUCAGGUGUUUAAAAGGGGACUUCAUGUUUCAGUAUGUUUCUGGGUUAAAAUUGCCUUCAUGGUAAAUGUCAGGGCGGGGGCCAAUCUGCCAAAACAUAUAUAAAAUCAAUAUGCCAUGUACUAUAAGACACAGGACGGUUACAUUGGGGGAAGUGUACAGAAAUCAAUAUCUGGACAUUAACUGUCAUAUAAUCACGUGAUGCAUCAUCUCUAAUAUGAAAUAAAAAUCUGUCUGAAUUC